AUGGAAAAAAUCAAGCCGAUAGUCACCUACUACAGAGGAAGGAAGCCCGUCGAGAACACCAAGGGCAAGCAGCCGACAGGGCGAAAUGUCAGCAAACUCAUGGGAGUCAUGAAACUGCCCUUAGACGUGUUCUUCGAGAUAGCCUCCCAUCUGCAUCCUCUCGAUGUACUUCAACUGUCUCGCGUCUCAAACGAGCUGCGCAGCAUGCUUCUCUCUCGACACUCCCGACAUAUAUGGAUUGCGGCACGUAAGAACAUAGAACCACCAUUCCCAGACAUCGAGAUGGCGAUCAGCGAACCGAAGUUGGCGCACCUCCUUUUCGAGCAGGUCUGCAGCGCAUGUGGAUCCGGCCGGGCUCAGUUCGCCGACUAUGCUAUCGCCGUCCGAUUCUGCGCGAUCUGUUCGAAGAACAACAUCAAGAAGGGAACGACUCUGGCUAAGGAACUCGAUAUCCCUAAAGGCCGUUUCUUAGAACUGGUCAACUUACUGCCCAGCGCGCAUGGUCCCCGGGCGAUAAUCCGGGAUUGGCAGCCCUCAGCCGAGUUGAGCCAACAACCCUCUUCCGUGUUCUACAAGCCCGAACUUGUUAUCAUAGCCGGACGUUUUGACCAGCUCCGCGCGAGCAAGGAUGAACAGGCAUUGCAGCGCUUCAUCGAAGAACAGAAGACUAGCGCUCUGCAAAGAUUCAACUUCCACAUGGCUGUCCUUAUAUGGGAGACCGAGGCACGAAGUGCGAAGGCCACAGGAGACGAAGCCGCCAGAAGCGAGCGCCACGCCGACAUCAUCGCGAAGCUGGUGGAGCUCGGAUACCAAUCCUCAGAAAUCCCAGCUUAUGAUCAUGCAUUCCAACGUUUGCUUGACCAGCCCCGUAAGCUCACGCCUCGAAUCUGGAACACUAUUCGCCCAAAGCUGGUAGAGAUGCUAGAAGAACGGCGUAGGGCUCGCGAACAGGACGCGUUCAAGAAAAAGUGGCGGAAUCGCCUUUCGCAGCUUAAGGUGCUUUAUGACGCCUUCUUGCAGAAGGACCGGAACAUCGACCUACGAAAGCGGACCCUCCCUGGCUGGGGGGAUGCCGUCCAACUGGAUUGCAUGCAGUCCUUGCUCACAGCCCAGGAGCCUCAGGCUGACAUCGUGCCGGACAAGUUCGCCGCGAUUCAGGAGGAUAUCUUCUCACAGGGCGAGGAGUUCGGGACCAGGGCUCGCGACGAGCUUGCCUGUCUUCUGCGCGAGGAGGAAUCCGUUGCCAGUCAGCCCCCAAGCACAACCACGAAGCGCUCCGCCAAAGGGAAAGGCAAGAAGAUACCGUCUGCGGCUGACAAUGCCGUCGCGGUGGACGCGGACGCGCUGCUCAACCGACCCACGGCAUUGUUCAGAUGUGUUCUUGAAUGGAAUCCUCAUGGAUUCUCAUGGGCAGGACUCCUCGAGCACUGGCAGCAGGAACAUGCGCACGCGUCGUUUGCGGUCAAGCCUUUUGCCGUAUGCGACUCUGCGGCUUCCAUGAAGCGCCUGCUGGAGGCACUGGGACUCCCAGACACGGCGCGCCUUUCCGAGGUGGAAAACCUCGCUGCCUCCGGCGAGCCUGUUUGCACGUGCAGUGUCGGGCUGCAAAAUCAGAGAUUCAGUGCACUCACCCCCAAACCCACCGCGAAGCACUGCUACCGAGUGUACAGACUGAUGCGGCACGUAGAGAAUCCGCCGUGCCAAGGCUCCGAUAAGACUGUCCAUCACAUCACCUUCGUGCCCUUCACCGACGAGGCCUCGAGCUGGUGGUGACACUAUCCCCAUGUUCCUACUCAGGAACCGCUCCCCAACGACCUAUGCAAGCCCUUCUGCGUGAAUGGAGAUAGCGUGCCUGGCAAUGUAUUUGGCAUCUCCAGAGAAUCC